UUGAGUGGGACUCGUCUCUAUUUUUGUUGUGGGUGCGGCUGUGACACUUGAGAAGAGUAGAACAACUUAAUUUCCAGCUCAGAAAUGAGCAACCAAGGAAAGGAUCGGUAGAUCCGAAUUCUGUGGUUUACAUUGUAUUCUUCAAUUUCAUAGGGGAUGAUUAUAUGGAUCAAAUUAGAAUUUAAGGACUCGAUCUACAACUUACAUAUAGUAGAGGGAGUAAUAGAAGAAAUUUGAGUGAAAUACGAACUAGCUAAAUCUGCGAAGAGGACUUCGGGAUUGGAAACGGAAAACAGCAUGGAGAGCGGAGCCGUCGUGGUGGUAGAGCUCCAGAGAAACUCGAACAAGUUCGCAGAGAUAAUAGAAGAGAUCGUGAAGAUGAAAAAGAAGAUUUUCCCAGAGCACGAGUCAGUCGCCAGAUCCUUUGAUGAAGAACUGAGAAAGAACAACAGCGGAUUGCUUUACACCAUGGAUGCUCAUGGAGAGCUUGUCGGCUAUGUUAUGUAUAUUUGGCCCUCUUCACUUUCUGCUUUCAUAGCAGAGCUUGCAGUUAAGGAGAAUCAUAGAAGGCAAGGCCAUGGGGAGGCAUUGCUAAAAGCAGCAAUUCAGAAGUGCAGGACCAGAAACGUUCAUCGGAUAUCACUCCACGUUGAUCCUUUGAGAAUUCCUGCCAUGGGUCUUUACCAGAAGCUUGGUUUCCAGGUUGAUAGCUUGAUCAAAUCUUACUACUCACCUGAUAAGGAUGCCAAUAGAAUGUACUUGGAUUUCGAUUCGAACUAAAAGCUUGGAAACACAACCGAUUUGGAUUUGCUUCUUUGGGUACAUAAAAGGUAAAACCUUCACUGUGCCUAUUAUCUUGUAUAAUUUUCUAUUUGUUUUUCCAACAAAAACUCACUUCUAGCAAAACUCUGUAUUGAUGGAUGCCUGGAUAAACUUGUGCUUGAUCCUUUAAUCGUCAAAUGAUGUAUAUGCAAUUUUAGAUGAAAUGGUGUCUGUAUAUUUAUUUAAGAAUGUUAUUUUCUCAACCGAUCAAGAAGAUUGGUGAAGCAAAUGCAUUCAUAACAUAUAUGAUUGAGGAUGCGGUUUGGCUGGUAAUCUUGUAAGGGAAUGGUAUCACUAAAUAUGUGAUGUCCCAAAGGAUAGUCACUCGCAGGGUUUCCUUGUGCGAGUUAUGUUUUGUUUUAUCUUCUG